AUGCUGGUACGAUAUCACUGUCGGAGAAAUUGGCUACGAUACAUCGUUGGCGUCCUAUUCAGCCUGUGUAUCGUCCAACUUGGCUACAUCCAACAUCUCAACAAAGGCUUCAGAAGAGUUCCAAAUGACCCGUACGACCUCCGCUUCGGCCAUCUCAGCUACAAGAGCCCCGAAAUCUGGGACGACAGUCAUCAAACGUUCCUUCGCAAUGCUAAUCCCGUCCCCGUCCACUCGCACAAUGAUUACGAGCGCAACAUUCCUCUCUUCGAAGCUCUUGGCUCAGGCUGCAUCAGCGUUGAGGCUGAUAUCCACCUACGCGGGUCCAAGCUACUCGUCGGUCAUUCAAGACUGAAUCUCAAAGCUGCGAGGACGCUGGAGGCAUUGUACCUCGAUCCUCUGCAGCGUAUGAUCAGUGCGCAGAAUGAUGGACUCAAUGACACAUGGAGAGGGCUGUUCGACAAAGCACCAAAGCAGACAUUGGCUCUACUCAUCGACUUCAAGACCAAAGGAGCUCCGACUUUCGAUGAGUUGAAUCGACACUUACAACCACUACGAGAUCUAGACUACCUCACAUACUGGAACGGCACAGCAAGAAUUACCCGCCCCCUUACCAUCGUACUAUCGGGCAACGCACCCUUCGAAUCGGUCCUGUCCAUGAACUCCACCCACCGAGACAUCUUCUGGGAUGCCAAACUCGAGCGCCUAGUCUCCGCAGAGGACGACUUCAACACCAGCCCACCAACAUACCGCUUCAACACUUCCAACUCAUACUUCGCAUCCACGCGCUUUCAAAAUGCCAAGUUUUUCCGAUCUAAUGACGACAGUGGCUUGGAUGUUUUGCCCGAGAAAGAGAGAGAUAUGACAGCGACGCAGAUCGAGCAAGCUAAGUCUAGAGGGUUGUUGGCUAGAUACUGGGAUACACCCAAACAACCACCGAAUGUGAGGGAUAUUGCGUGGCGGGUGUUGAUUGACAAUGAGAUUGGGAUGUUGAAUAUGGAUGAUAUGGGAAUUCUUCAAGUCCUUUAUCGGUGCGCCGAGUCGUUUUCGCUCCACGAAAUGAUGCAAGUCUGCUUCGCCAACAAAACAUUCUAUCAGAUGGGAAUGGAGGCUAUUUAUGAAUCCGACAUUUUACAAGACGCUGUAUAUUGGGACCCGGUGCGUGGAACGAAAGUAUUCUACGAGAAGAUUGUGGAAGAUGAGGGCUACACGUAUCCAUGCCUUCUUGAUGAAAUGAUCGACACAGACAAUGAAGAUGAUUACGACUAUCUGCCACGAUAUUUUAGAGCGCAGGCACAGGCUGAUGACGAUGAGGCAGAGCUCCUCACCAACACAAACAAGAUGCAAUUCGUUCCUAGCAACGAAUUUUGGAUCAGGUUUCUGACAGCCCGAACUUUGGGAAAGAUCAGAACUAAGCCACCUACCGAAGAUCACCUUGUGUUAAAAGCAAUUGCAGAACAGAUGAUGCACUAUGUGCAGCUCCUAAAAUCACCUUGUAUCGCAACACAACAAGAUGCGAUCCGCAUUGUUUGCGAGGUGGCUGUUAAGCACGGAUUUAUCUACGACCGAAGAGAUUUCUUCAUCGGCAAGAAGUCUCUAGAGAAGACUUCGACGCCGUCAGAUGAGACAUGCUGUGUUAUUCGCGAUGGCCUACUCGGAGUUGCAGUCUACAUCAACGAGCCUGAUAUCUUCAAAGCGAUUAUCUCGAAAGAGCAGGUGGUGAAAUGCCCAGAACACAGUCAGGACAGCAACCAACCGUCCGAUAGAGAAAGCAGCCGUGUAUCCAAUUUCACGUAUCCGUGGACCCGGAUAGAUAACGAAUGGAUCCCGAAAUCUGGAUUCCAACCUCCAGAGUGCGGCCGCUCUCUUAUUCGUCUGUCCAAUACAGUCACAUUAGCUGUGCAGACCGACAACAUGACGUGCGCGUCUCUUGUGAAGGACAGCCUGCCCGAGAUAAGCCGUGACCGAGAUUAUGUCAUAUCUGAUAUAAUCAAAGUGUCAAGAACACCAGACAAAUUAAAAUGGCUGCAAUAUGCUAUCAAUUCAUGCCCAACGCUGACAAAGUUCAAUAUCGUUACGCCAAAUCUCCGAUUUCAUCUUGACCAUUUUGGGCGCACGGGCUGGGGCACUAGAAAACAUGGUGCUAAAGACCUGAGCGAGAUUCUCGACACGACAACGAGCUUGGAAGUAUUUGAUGUUGCUUACAACGCUAUCAUGGAAGGAUACAAUGAGGAAGAGGGUGUGUGGUGGACCAAGAUGACGUAUAAGCACGAGUACGCUGCGCAUAAUAUUCGCUCUUGGGGCACGGCACGAAUCCACCGUGCCGUAUUUGAUGAUUGUAUGCCAAUAGUCAAGAGACUUGUGGAAUUAGGCUACCAUCUUGGUCCAAAUUUCUCUUCCGAAGAUCUAGAGGACGAGACGGUCCAGACCUUGGUCGACAGUGAGAAACCGAGGGAUAUUUCAUUACCUCUUGCUGUGAGUAGAGGAGAUAUGGACAUGGUUCAACUUCUAUUCCAGAUUGGUGCAGAGAGGAAUAGGAAGAAUGUGCGAAAGGCUAUAUGGAUUGCUAUGGAGAAGGAUAGGCGCGAUAUGCUGGAGGUUUUGAUGGAGAAGGGACACCCGGACGGGUUGUUGAAUCACAGGCUUAAGAAGAUAUGGAUACAAAAGCUGAAAGCUCAAGGCAAAGAGGAUAUGCUUCCUUGGGUAGAUAAGAUAUCGGGCAGGCAGGAUGAGCUGAUAUCUGUAUAUAAUUAG